UCCCAUGCAGAUUUUCUCUUUAUAAACUACUAAUUUUUAUUCAUGUGUAUUUGUUCUCAUACACCUCCCUCCUGUCUUCCCCAUUCUGUAUCAGUUGUCCUGAGUGAGGAAAAUGUGUAAUGAAUCCUGAACCAUGGGAACCUGGACUCUCUCGAAGGACCCCUGGGUGUUUCUGGUUGAGAUUGGGAACCACUGCAGAACGUCAGCUCACAUGUUCAACAACUGAUCCCAAAAACAACAGCAACACAAGCCAAAAUAUUAUUCAUGUUUCCCCUAUGAUUUGUGUUCAUUAUAUCUGCCUGGGUCAGCGAGGUUAUCUCCAGAGACGAUAGGUUCCAUGUAAACAGCACAAACAGGGCAAUUUAAGUCUGGUCUGCAUCACUGUCCUGUAAAACGACCCAGCGUGGGAAAUAGAAAAGAGUUGUUGGCCUGGGACCAAAGUUUAUUAAAUUGUACUGCUAUUCAUGACGAUGGGACAUAAUAAUUUAGCAUGUUUUGUCUAGAAUGUGAAAAACAAGAACAUACUGUUUGUCUGAAAAUAUUUGCGUAAUUGCAGGGAAAAAGCUAAGACUCUUUCUGGAAGGAGACAAGUAGGGAAAAUACCACGAUAGACAGCAAAGCAAACAGGGUGGAAGGGACAGAUGACCACAGCAGAGGAGCACAAAGAGUUAAGUGAGAUGGAAGCCCCAGCCAAUCAAGACCAACCCACAUCUGAUAGACAACAGUCCAAAGAACUGUAAAAGGAGGAGAUUUAGUCCUCAGUGCUGCCCUCUCUCUUCUCACUUUACAGACCGACUUCUACAUGGUCCCUCAAACCUGAUUAGUGAUGUCCUCUGAGCCUCAGGGAGAAGCCUGGAGAGAGGAGACAUCUUUAAAUGAUCAUUUCUGGGUGUUAAAAGACCUGAAAGCUUAAGAAGAUCCCAAAAAGCAACUGUUGACCACAAUCUGCAGGCACAACAUCCCAAAGAGGACACAUGGGACACCAGAGAAGAACAGUCCUGAACUUCUGGAUCCUUCAUAACAACCUGAGGAGGAUAAGAAGAUCUGAUGAGAAGUUAACGUCCUGUUUUAGCUGAAAAGACGUCAUGUUGUCUCCACAAGGAUUUCGCACCGUGGCUCUUCUCCACACUGUCAUGAUAGUGACUGCACUGAUCGACUCUGAUGAUGUCAUCACACGAGACGAGCAGAUCUACGUUCUGAUUGGUGCUCAUGCUAAGUGUGAGAAGAACAUCAGGGCACAAAUGUCCCUAGUUAAAGACGGUGAGUGUAUCCCAGAGUGGGACGGGAUCAUCUGUUGGCCAAGGAGUCGAGCGGGUCAGGUGGUGUCUGUGCUGUGUCCAGAGUACAUCUACGACUUCAACCACAAAGGGCAAGCCUACCGCCAGUGUGAUGCGUCAGGGAACUGGGAGCUGGUGCCCAGCAUCAACCGCACAUGGGCCAACUACACCGAGUGCACCACAUACUUGACCUUCAACCACAGGAGCCAAGAGGAGAAGGUGUUUGAGAGGCUGCAUCUCAUGUACACUGUUGGAUACUCCAUUUCUCUCGCAUCGCUGUUGGUGGCAGUCUCCAUCCUCUGCUAUUUCAAACGUCUCCACUGCACACGCAAUUACAUCCACAUUCACCUCUUCACCUCCUUCAUAUGUCGGGCAGUCAGCAUUUUCGUGAAGGACGCCGUGCUCUACUCCAUGUCUGAAGACAGAGACGCUGAGCCUCAGUUCAAUGCACAGAAGCCCCAUAUGGCCGGCUGUAAAGUUGCUGUUACUCUCUUCCUUUACUUCCUGGCCACCAAUCAUUACUGGAUCCUGGUGGAGGGCUUGUACCUGCACAGCCUCAUCUUUAUGGCCUUCCUCUCUGACAAGAACUACCUUUGGGCUCUCACCAUCAUCGGCUGGGGUGUUCCAGCCGUGUUUGUGUCUAUUUGGGUCAGUGCUCGAGCAUCGUUGGCAGACACACAGUGUUGGGACAUCAGUGCAGGAAACCUAAAGUGGAUCUAUCAAGUUCCCAUUCUGGCAGCCAUUGUUGUGAAUUUCCUCCUCUUCGUCAACAUAAUACGGGUACUGGCCUCAAAACUGUGGGAAACAACUACUGGUAAAUUGGACCCUCGGCAGCAAUAUCGGAAGCUGCUCAAGUCCACAUUAGUCCUCAUGCCCUUGUUUGGAGUUCACUACAUGGUGUUCAUGGCUCUUCCCUACACUGAGGUCACCGGGCUGCUGUGGCAGGUGCAAAUGCAUUAUGAGAUGUUCUUCAAUUCAUCCCAGGGCUUUUUUGUGGCAUUUAUCUACUGUUUCUGCAAUGGGGAGGUGCAGGCGGAGGUAAAGAAGGCAUGGUUAAGACGUAGCCUCGCACAGGACCUCAAACAGAAAGCCAGGAUAACCAGCAGCGGAGGCAGCUGUUAUUAUGGCGGCAUGAUGUCACACACCACCACCCACAGUGUCAGCUUGUCUGCUGCCAAUCCCAGAGGCCUCUCCUUCACUGGAGGUGUGGUGAGCUCUGGCGGAGCUGCCAGCGGAGGGUCAGGGGUCAGGCUGCCACGCCACGGCUCUCUGCACCCGCAAGCCAGUCUGCCUGGAUACGUUCCCAGAGACACAGAGACCCCUGGCCCCCAACAGGAGCUGGCUGUGAGGAAGCCAGGGGGGACGGAGUCUGGAGUUUUUGCCAGGCACGCCAGAGCCAACAAGGGAAACCAUGACACUAAAAGUCACGGAGCAUCUCCAGCCCAAACCUCUGGAGCAGAAGAUCCAGACAGUGACUUAUCUCUGAAAGAGCUGGAGACCAUCUUGUAGUUGUUUCCUGAAACUGACUGAGACUCUGAACAACAGAGCUUGUGUUGACAUUGUUUUGUUAACAGCAGUUGUGUGGUGCUCUGUAUAUACAGGGAUACAAGCUUGUUUUUAAUUUACAAAAUUACCCUGAAGGCCUAUACUCAUUAUGACAUACCAAAUCAGGAUGUUGCUGAUUUUUGUGGAUCUAUUUAAUUUCUGUUAGUGUACAUGAACAUAAAUAUUUAUUUUUCUUUCAAUCAAUGUGAACAAGUAGAAUGAAGCUUGAUAAUCUGAGAAGUCAGAAAAGCCGAAGGACAGACCUGGAUGUUUAAACAGGGAGAUUUUGUCUCUUCACAUCUCUCCUGUGUUGGAUUUUUCCAGGCCCAGUCAAAACUGCACUAACGUGUGUGUGUGAGAGAGAGAGUCUCUGAAUCUGCUGUAGCAAUCCUUCCUUUUCCAAAUAUUCACCAGCCACACAUUUCUGGUAGACGAAGCGUCACUCCUGUAGUUACUCCACCAAUCUAACUGUCCAAAUGGGAUUAUUUCUAACAGUCAAGGCAGCAGUUUUAUCCAGACAGCAUGUCCAGACAGGUAAUGUCCCGCUGCACCUUUAUUGUUGUCCAUGUUGCCUUCACAGCUGUAUUUAUCAGUCUGACAGCAUCCCGAGGGCUGAUGCACAAGUCGUUUGCCCAUCCGAGGCCAAACCCCAACCCCUUUCCUCCGUGUAACUUCUGCCCCAAACGCCCUCACAACACCUUCCAGAAUUUCACACUGUCCCUACAGCCCUCGACUCGGAGCCGGAGGUAAACACACAGGAAAUUGUUCUUGUAUAUAUUUUAGGACUGUUUUGGUGUCCAGGAGUAGAGUGAUAUGUACAGUGUAAGGUAACUCUAAUAAUUUAAAAAAAAUGUUUUGGGAGUAUGCUUUGACAGUUUAAAUAAAGUGAACUUAAUUGAACUGAAUGGAAUUGAUUUAUUAUGACUUCUUAGCUUUAUGUGUAAAAAGCUUUGUUAUUUCACAAUACAAUCAAGUCGGUGCACACAGAUAUGGAAUAAUGGCAGUACUGGAGCACAAAAAGCAAGGUCCUCGUUU